CGCAUAACCUUACCAGUUCAUUCAGUCCUGAAGCUAAACUUUCCGCGAUAUGGCGCGACUAAUCCGGGCAGUCGCGUUUCUUUGUACAGUGGCGCUUAGUAGUGCCCUCAGCCAACCGUUCACCAUAGAUGUGGACUGCGCAGUUCCCGAGUGCACCACCGAGGAAGGCCGCACCACGCUAUGGCCGUUUCGCGAUCCGAACUUCUUCGUGCGCUGUGAACCCCCACAGUGGCACCUGAUGAGAAGGCCCUGUCUCUCCAGAACGUUGUUCCACUUUGGACGACAGGAGUGCGUGGAACCUGCACAGUGGGACGAGCCGUGUCCACCGACCUCGGAGCUACCGCUGUGUCCUAGAAUUGUCUGCGAGACUGUUCAGGACACGAGGCGUCUGUGGCCGGAGGAGGACCCCAGCUUUUUCCUGCAAUGCGUUCCACGGCCUGACGGAGGCAUGAUGUCAGUUCGAAGAGAGUGCGCUGUAGGCUUCCUGUUCAGCUACACACUACAGCAGUGCGUAGACGCACAGUAUUGGGAACGGGACUGUACGUUCGACGACGAGGUUACUACGAUUGGAACUACGCCCGAUGAAGGGCCGGGGGAUUCAACGACGACGACUCCGGAGGAGGCGACUACAACAACGGAGAUCUCGACAACUGAAGAACCAACAACGACAACUGCAGAGCCAACGACGACAACUGAAGAACCGACGACAACUACAGCUGAUCCUACAACUACAACAGAAGAUCCAACGACGACGACUACACCGGAUCCCUCAACUACCACCGAACAUAACAGGGGUACCUGUCCGACGCCCGUUUGCCGUUUCCAGGAUCCCACUUUGUACCCACAUACCGACUGGACGAAGUUCUACCAGUGCGUGAUAAAUGAAUUCGGGCAGCCGGUCCCGGAAGUGAGAAACUGCGGCCUUGGAACAUAUUUCCACUUCGGAUCACAAAACUGUUUGCACAUCUGGCAGUGGGAAGACUUCUGCAUCUAGCGACGGAAACUCCAAGAUGUUCAGAAGAACAUUUCAAUUUACUUUAUUUAUGAAUUAAAUUAAAGGGGAACAACCUCUUCAAACUGA